CCCAGCCGCGCGCCGGGAAUCGUUCAGUCGACCGAGGGACCUGCGGGUGGCGCGUGGCUGGCCAACCUAACCGAGACGCAAGGGCUUGGGCGGGCGGACUGACUGAGCAAUCGGACAGACGCCCGGCGGCCGCUAGCUCCACGCAGGUCCCAGCCAGGCUUGCACCCAGAGGCCCGCAGCAGACCGUACCGGGCGCAAUCUCCUGCGCUCCGCCCGCCCGGGCUCCCGUGCCAGCGCCCCGUGGCCGCCGCCUCCAAAGUGAUUGCUGCCUCGCCGCCUCCGCCGGGUCCAGGACCAUGAAGCUGCUGCCGUCGGUGGUACUGAAGGUCUUUCUGGCUGCAGUGCUCUCGGCAUUGGUAACUGGCGAGAGCCUGGAGCGGCUUCGAAGAGGACUGGCAGCUGGAACCAGCAACCUGGACUCUCCCACUGAAUCAACAGACCAGCUGCUGCCCUCGGGAGGCAGCCGGGGCAGGGAAGUCCUGGACUUGGAAGAGACAGACCUGGACCUUUUCAGAGCUGCUUUCUCCUCCAAGCCACAGCCUCUGGUGACACCCAGCAAGGAGGAGCGUGGGAAAAAAAAGAAGAAAGGCAAGGGGUUAGGGAGGAAGAGAGACCCAUGUCUUCGGAAAUACAAGGACUUCUGCAUCCACGGAGAGUGCAAAUAUGUGAAGGAGCUCCGGGCUCCAUCCUGCAUCUGCCACCCAGGUUACCACGGAGAGAGGUGCCAUGGGCUGAGCCUCCCGGUGGAAAACCGCUUAUAUACUUAUGACCAUACGACCGUCCUGGCUGUGGUGGCUGUGGUGCUGUCGUCUGUCUGUCUGCUUGUCAUCGUGGGGCUUCUCAUGUUUCGGUACCAUAGGAGAGGUGGUUAUGAUGUGGAAAAUGAAGAGAAAGUGAAGUUGGGCAUGACUACUUCCCACUGAGAGAGACCUGUGCUCAAGAUGAUCUUCCUACUUCCUGAGACUGGACCUAGGAAACUCUUAAGACCUAUUAACUGGAUCCAGCAUUAAAUGCCUUCCUCUUAUGCUUUAGGAAUCUUCUGGGGACUGCUACCUCUGAGAAGACACAGCUGAUCGUAGACUCUGCAGAGGGAAAGAACGUCACAGCUAGUCAGGAAGAUUCCUUCGUCCCCAGUUGCUAUCUAGAUUGGGCCUCCCAUAAUUGCUUUGCCAAAAUACCAGAGCCUUCAAGUGCCAAACUGAAUGUGUCAAAAUGGGAUCUUGAUCAGAAGAAAGCAAAAGUGAGAGACCUUCAUGCCCUUCGGAUUCUCUCCACCAAACCCCACUUAUCCCCAUAAGUUUGUUUAAACACUUAACUUCUGGAUUAAGAUGCCAGUUAAAUUCCAUAUGCUCCAGGAUCUUUGACUGAGAAAAAAAAGGAGAGGAAGAAGGAAAGAUUUGUGGAUUGGAAGAGAGUAAUAAAGAUUGAGAAGCCAUGUACUCAAGUAGCCACCAAGGGAUCUGCCAUUUGGACCCUCUAGCGCUGGAUUUGAUGAGCUAACUGUGAAAUACCACAAGCCUGAGAACUCUGAAUUCUGGGACUUCUACCCAGAUGGAAAAAUAACAACUAUUUUUUGUUUGUUUGUUUGUAAAAUGCCUCUUAAAUUAUAUAUUUAUUUUAUUCUAUGUAUGUUAAUUUAUUUAGUUUUUAACAAUCUAACAAUAAUAUUUCAAGUGCCUAGCCUGUUACUUUGGCAAUUUCCUGGCCCUCCACCUUAUAUGCCCCACCAUCUGGCUCCGCAUCGCACCCCUCUGCCACAAAUCUGAGAUGGUUCUGUGACCCAUCUGUAGUCAUCUAUUAUCUGUCCACAUUUCCGAAGACCUUCUGCAAUCACAGUGCCAAAGGGGGAGGUCUGUAGGUCAGGAUAUAGGAGUUAACUUUGUCAGAUCCACUCUAUGAGUUGGACUACAGUCUUGCCUAGGCGAUUUUGUCUACUGUUUGUGUUUUGAAAGCCCAAGGUGCUGAUGUCAAAGUGUAACAGAUACCGGUGUUUCCCUAUGUCCUUUCCCUGCCAAAUCUCAGAAGAGGUUGGGCUUCUAGCCUACAGAUUUCCUGGCUCCUCACCCCCCUCCUGGCCCCAGGCCCGCAGAGUGGGCACUCCCUCUUCCCUGUGUCAAGACAUUUCUCUUACUCCUGCCAUUCUUCUGGUGCUACUCCAUGCAGCGGUCAGUGCAGCAGGGGAUGAUCUAGAGAAGGUAUUAGCAAAGAAAAAGGCUGAGGAGGAACAGGAAACAUUGGAGCUGUUGUUAAUUGAUAACCUACCAACUGCUACAGAGUUUGGAGGUGAGGAGGGUUUUUGUGUAAACCCACCCACCUCACCUAAACUAAAAAGGCAUGCUGUCAUGGCCCCUUCUGGAAGUUUCUGGUGCCAUUUCUGAACUGUUACAACUUGUAUUUCCAAACCUGGUUCAUAUUUAUAUUUUGCAAUUCAAAUAAAGAUAACCCUUACUCCAUA